UGUGCUAUCGUUAUUCAUUUAUUCAUAGAAAUUAGUACAUUCAAUGAUUUUCUUAAGAAGAGUGCACAACCUUCAUAUGAAACAAAGGGAGUAUUAUUUUCAAAUGGAAAUCAGGAAUCAGCUAUGCUUCCGUGUCGAAACUUUUGAAAUUAAUUCUAAUUUAUGUGGAAUUUGUGUCUCAUUCCUUAAUUAUUGUGAUCUUUGAAUUCUUGUUGAAAAAAUUAUUGUCACUAAUUAGAACUUCAAGAUUUACGACUGAUUCCUAAUGAGUUAUGAACACCUGUUGUUUCUUGAUCCAUAAUGUAAUUGUGUUUGCUUCUAUUGAAAUUGGGUGUGCUAUUCCUUGAUGUUUUCAACUCUUCUAAAUUUAAAAUAUCUGUGUAUAAGAAUGGUUGAAUAUUUUUGGCAUUUGUGGCUGUGAAUUCAAUGGGUCUUGUUUCCAGUUUGUUACAUUUCGGCUUGAAAGUUGAAUGUUUAAAUGUCAUUUUUUUGCGUUGAAGGCUUAAACUACUGGGAAUUUGGAAUGAAAUUGAAACUGUCUUUUAGAAAAUUAUUGAAAUCUAAGGUCCAUAUGCAUUAUUUAUGCUCCAUUAAUUGUUGUUUGUACUGUGCCUGCCAAGACAUAUACCAACUGAAAUCGUCUGUUUCAAACACAGAGAGGUGUAUACUGAUCUCACUUUCUCUCAGCUUGAAGAAUCAACCAGUGUUUGCCCCCAUUUAUUUUGUGGUAAAAGCACCACUUUAGGCUUUCUGAUUGGCAUGGCUGAUUUUCUGACCUCUACCCACCGAGCCAAGUGGAUCUUCUCUCCUCAACAACUGGUUGAGAAAUAUACAGCUGCUAAUCAGAGAGCCAAACAAAUCCUAGAGAAGGGUGGAGUAACUCUAAUGGAAGUAGAUGUUGACGGGUCUUUGUCAUAUCCUGAACCCCAGACGACUGCAAGCGAUAAUGCUGAAAAGCAUUCUCAGAUAAAACCUGUUAGUAUUGAAGAAGAACAAUGUAUAAAGGUUUUUUAUGAAAACAAGCUACAAGAAGUGUGUAACAAUUUGCAUUUCCCUCAUAAGAUCCAGGCAACAGCGCUCAUCUUUUUUAAAAGGUUCUAUCUGCGAUGGUCGGUGAUGGAACAUCAACCAAACAAUCUAAUGUUGACCUGCAUAUAUGCUGCUUGUAAAAUAGAAGAAAAUCUUGUAUCGGCUGAGGAGCUCGGUAAGAGGGUUUCCCAGGAUCAUGAAAUAGUUCUCUGUAAUGAGAUGAUAGUUUAUCAGGCACGGAUAGGUCACAGAUAUCAAAUUGAUCUAAGCCUGGAAUUUGAGCUUAUUGUUUAUACUCCAUAUCGCUCAGUUGAAGGUUUUAAUUAUAUGGAGGAACUUUGCAAUGCUGGUGAGGACAAGCGUCAGGUACUAGCUUUGCAAAAUACAGCAAGACUGGAAGUUGAUAAAAUGAUGCUUACAGAUGCACCACUCUUAUUUCCUCCUGGACAGUUGGCCUUGGCCGCCCUGCGUAACUCAAAUGCACUCCAUCAAGUUGUUGACUUCGAUAGUUUUCUGAGCAGAGUUUUUUCACAUCAGAAUUCCACGCAUACGAUGGCCGAGCUUCUUGAAUCAUUGGAUGCAAUUGAUUCUUUGGUUAGGAAAUACAGAAGUCCUUCAGAGAAGGAAUUGGAGCAUAUCAACGGGAAACUGAAGUCUUGUUGGGGUCUUUAGCUCUCAUGGCGAGUAAUUCCUUUACCCUUUUAGGUAGAACUGCUUAUUGGCCCUUCAUAUGACAGCCACCCCACAACGACGAGGGCCCAAAAAGAAAUUUUAAGAGAUAUUUUCUUGUUAUUAUUAGAGGGGAGAAAUCAAAUCACAAGUCCAGAAAGAGCUCUAGUUUUAUAUUCCUUUCAAUUGAGGUUCUAGAGCAUUAGUGUCUGACCAAGAAUCUUUGGAAAACUCCUGCAGCAAGCUUACAAGUGAGUCUGAUUUUGGGAAGUUUGCUGCUCUGCGUAUGUCUCUUGAUUGCCUUUGGUUCGGAUUCAAAGCUGUAGUUGUGUUCUGUGCAAAUUUGCCGAGGACUGGACUAUCAACAUUUAAGUGACUCUUGCGAAGACAAUAGUUGUUAAAAUUGGUUUAAAAAAAUUAUGAUUUAGAGUCUAUUGCAUGGUUCUGCAUUAUCCAAUAAGUUUGUGUUGUGAAUUGGUUUUGAACAAAAAAAGAGACAAAAUUGCAAUGGUUGUUGGUAUUUGAAUUCUAGAGCGACCCUUUUGUUUUUUCAAAUUCCUUUUAUCUGUUGCAACUUUUCAUUUGAGGAUUAAUUCAAUAAUUAUGCACUCAGAUAAGAGGGAUUAGUAGAGUGGCUGCAUGCUUAUGUAUUUAUUUUUUUCAAAUAUAAUGGUAGAUGUUUAUGUUGUCUUUA